AUGAUGGCUAAUAACUAGGAAUAUGACUAUUUGUUCAAGCUUCUCCUCAUUGGCAACAGUGGAGUUGGAAAGUCUUGUCUCCUCCUCAGAUAUGCUACUUUGUAAGCAUUUUUCAUUCUAUAUAACAUUCAAUAGAAAAUCAAGACUAUCAUGCUAGACGAGCAGAUUGUCAAACUAUAAAUUUGGGACACUGCUGGACAAGAAAGAUUUAGAACCCUGACAAGUAGUUACUACAGAGGCGCUCACGGUAUAAUUAUUGUAUAUGAUGUCACUGACAGAGAUUCUUUUGAAAACGUCAGAUAAUGGAUGCAUGAAAUUGAAAGAUUCGCCAAUGCCGGAGUAUGCAAAAUUCUUGUGGGCAAUAAAUGCGAUAUGGAGGAAAGUAGAAAAGUCAGCAAUGAAGAAGGUAUGGAGCUUGCCAAGCACUAUGAGAUUCCAUUUUUGGAGACAUCCGCUAAAAACUCCAUUAAUGUAGACAAUUCCUUCAUCACAAUGUCUAAUGAGAUCAAAAGAAAUAUACAAAAUAAGGCUAAUGCAACAGGAACUACCACUGGGGACAAAAAAGGCAUCGUCUUUGGAAAAGGAAUCCUUCAUCAUCAGAGUUAAGGAUCUGAGGAAACUACGGAUAGCUCCUCAUAGGGAAAUCCCAAGAAGAAGAAUAACUCAGCAUGCUGCCAGUGA